AUGCUCUCGCGUAUAGUAGGAGUAGACACCCUCGACCUCCUGCGCCAGGAUGGCGGCACGGUGGACAUCACCACCGCUCUCCAAGGGAAGAAGUAUCUGCUGUUGUACUUUUCCGCCAGUUGGUGUCCUCCGUGUCGACUGUUCACCCGACAGCUAGCGAAUUUUUACGAGUCAUUUCAUACGAGUCACUGCUUUGAAGUUAUCUUCUUUUCACGAGACCGUGGUGAGAGCCCCAUGCGGGCAUACUUCUACAACCAAAAAUACAGUCGCCUGGCUCUUCGUGGCGGGGAGGGUUCACACGGUGAUUGGCUUGCGGUGCCGUAUGCACAGGCGAAGACGCUGGGAUUGACACUGAUGCAGAGGUACGCGGUCCAUGGUAUUCCGACGUUGCUCCUGUUUGACCUGGAAACCGGGGAGCUCUUGACACGGAACGCACGGAACUUAGUGGCGCGGAACUUGGAUACAGCGGAGGGAUUCCCAUGGGCUGGUGAUACAGGCGGGGAACUCAUGAAGGGACCUCCCUGGUGUGAGUUGCUGCUACUGCUUAUCACGGUUGCGGUGCUGUAUUACUUGUGGCAAUAA